ACCUCACAGUGCCUACAAUUCGGCAGCCCUAUAAAUAAAUGUAAAUGUGAUAGUUCACUCUGCGAAUGACACAGUCGGACAACAACGAACCCUUACGACGCGUACCCAAGCUCAAUAACCACCGUUUGCACUCAAGAUGGCUAAACCCACCACUGUCCCCGGAGACCUGAAAGACCGCAUGAAGAAUUGCUACGACGCCAUAGCGCACACCUACAACGCCAAGCUCGGAAAUGUCCUCGACAACAUCCGCCUCAACUACGUCAACCGCCUGCUCAGCCUCCUAAAAGAGACAGGCCGCGCAGAUGCCACACUCCUCGAGCUCGGCUGCGGCGCUGGCGUUCCCAGCACAAAGACCUUUCUCGACAACCCCACACCCUCCAUUCACGUCACCGCCAACGACCUGUCCACCGUGCAGCUCGACCUCGCACGCCAGCACCUCGCUGACCAUGUAGAAAGCGGGAAAGUCACGCUCAUUCCGGGCGACAUGCUCGCACUGGACUUCCCGCCCCGUUCGUUCGACGCGGUCACGGGGUUCUAUUCUAUCAUCCACCUCCCGCGUGACGAACAGGUUCUGCUCAUGCAGAAAAUCGUGGGCUGGUUGAAGCCUGGUGGGUACUUUCUUGCGAAUUUUGCGGACGAGGAGCAGGAGAGCCAUGUCAUGGAGAAGUGGCUGGGGGAGGAGAAGGGGUGGACGUUUUGGAGUGGGUGGGGGGCGGAGGGGAGCGCGAAAAUGGUGGCGGACGCAGGUUUGGAGGUGUUGGUAAGGGAGACGAGGGAGAGCAAUGUUGAUGCUACGUUUUUGUGGGUUGUGGCGAGGAAGAGUGUUUGAAUGACUGGAUGGUGGUAUAUGCGAAGGGAUAUAAAUUGACAAACUUGUCCUGGAUUCGGUAC